CAUGAUUCCAGCAGAGCUCCAGCAGCUGUGGAAGGAGGUUACGAACGCUCACGUGAAGGAGGAGCACAACAACAGCCACAACAACAACGGCCACCGGGGUCUCGACCUGUCCUCCCCGGCGCCGCCAAAGAACACCCACCUCAACCAUCACGCCUCCUCCAACGGGCAGUACAUGAGUCACAAGAGAGAAGCAUCCACGCAUGAAGACCAUUCCCACCACAGCCACCCUCUCUACGGUCAUGGAGUUUGCAAAUGGCCUGGAUGUGAGGCGGUGUUCGACGAUUUCUAUUCAUUCCUAAAGCAUCUUAACAAUGAGCACGCCCUGGACGACAGGAGCACGGCCCAGUGCCGGGUGCAGAUGCAGGUCGUACAACAGCUGGAGCUGCAGCUAGCGAAAGAUAAAGAGCGUCUGCAAGCGAUGAUGACGCACCUUCACGUCAAGUCCACGGAGCCCAAAAACACCCCACAGCCGCUCAACUUGGUGUCCAACGUCACACUGUCCAAGUCGGCCCACUCAGCCUCGCCCCCCCUCAGCCUGCCCCAGACUCCCACCACCCCCACGGCCCCCCUCACGCCGCUGUCCCAGACCCACUCCGUCAUCACCGCCAACAGCCUCCACAGCGUGGGCCCCAUGCGGCGGCGCUACUCAGACAAAUACAACAUGCCCAUCUCUCCAGAUCUCAGUCAGAACAAAGAGUUUUACAUGAAUGCAGAGGUUAGACCGCCGUUCACGUACGCUUCGCUAAUAAGACAGGCAAUCCUCGAAUCUCCAGAAAAGCAGCUAACACUAAACGAAGUCUACAACUGGUUCACGCGAAUGUUUGCAUAUUUUAGACGCAACGCGGCGACGUGGAAGAACGCAGUCCGGCAUAAUCUUAGUCUUCACAAGUGUUUUGUGCGAGUAGAAAACGUAAAAGGGGCUGUGUGGACAGUCGACGAACUAGAGUUCCAAAAGAGACGGCCUCAAAAGAUCAGUGGAAGUCCCAACUUAGUGAAGAACAUUCAGACCAGCCUGGGCUACGGUCCCACCCUCUCUGCUGCCUUCCAGGCUUCAAUGGCAGAAAACAACAUACCUCUAUACACUACUGCUUCCAUUGGGAGUCCCACCCUCCACUCGCUGGCGCACGCCUUCCGCGAGGAGAUGAACGGGGCGAUGGACCAUGGAAACAGCAACGGCAGCGACAGCAGCCCGGGACGCUCGCCCCUGCCAGCUAUGCAUCACAUUAAGGAGGAACCACUGGACCCCGAAGACCACGAAGGGCCCCUCUCCCUGGUAACGACCGCCAAUCACAGUCCGGAUUUCGAUCACCACAGAGACUACGACGACGACCAGGGCCACGACGACAUGCUGUAAGGCUAGCAGGGACC